GAGUUGUUUCAUUUAAAAUUCACUGUGGUUAUGUACAGAAACUGAAUUAGAAAUAAUGUGUCUGUCCAAAUAUUUAUGGUCCUGACUGUAGUUGAUAUAGUGAAAAAUCUCUUACAAGGUUCAUUUAAAAAAUUCUUCCAAAUUUUUUGUAAAACGUGGGGUGUUGAGUAAAUAUCUGGUAGUAAUCACGUGACCAUUAGAAAGUAUCUCCUUUUUGGCUUCUGGUGUUUAUGGAGUUUGUGGGAACAUAAAUGCAAGUGUGUGUGUGUGUGUGUGUGUGUGUGUCUGUGUGUGUGGAUGCACUGCAUGCUGAGGUGAACAGGUGUCCUUCUCUUUAAACCGGUGUGUGUUUCAGGAGGGUUGAGUUUGACUAGUUGGUUGCCAGGGAACCCAGUUUGGUCUUGCUCGUGUUACAGAGAUCUUCGGUCUGAGUCUCUUCUUUGCUCCUUUUCUUGAAGGCACCCACAUCUCCACUGGCAAACUUUUUGAAUACCUGGGUAUUUUUGGAAUUUUUAAACCCUCUUAUUAACUGAUUUCCUGUUCUAAGAAGUUUCCAGGUGUCCUUUGCAGGUGCUGGGGCUCUGCAAUUGUCAGGAUGCGACCAUUGGCUCUGAGGGUCCUGUGCUCUGCCUUACUGCUUCUAACAGUGGUUCCCUCUGUGUGCUCACAGUCAGAUUGUUCUCAAGCAGAUUCAUGUGACCUGUGUGUGGGAGACUCCAUGCUUAACCUGACCGGCUGCGUCUGGAGACUUUGCCCAAAUGGUAAUGAUACAGGUACAUGUGUGGCUGAUGGCGGUGAUUCAGCUGACAUGGGCAUGAACUGUAGUUGGACCAGAGUCUCUGAACUCUGUGCAGUUAUAGAAAACGUUGCAACUGGUGGCGAAGGUGACGCAGGUGAUGCUUCGGACACCACCUCAUCCCCUGAGUUCUCCCAGGCUAAGUUCGACAUGUCCAGCUUCGUAGGAGGAAUCGUACUUGUGCUGUGCCUGCAGGCAGGCGGCUUCUUUGCCAUGCGCUUCCUCAAAUCCAAAGAGCAGAGCAACUAUGAUCCAAUAGAGCAGCCCCAGUGAAGAUGAGACGCACAAAGGACAAUCAGACAAGGAUGAAGGACUGCAGACGCAGAGCAGUGACUCAUCAAGUUACCACCAGAUUUGUACACCUCUUUUAGCUGCUGUUAGCUCCCUAUAUAAUAGGCAGAUGUUCUAAAUGUUUCUUAGGAUGCUGCCGGCGGUCACACACCUGUAAGCAUUUGUACAAAAUACACAGAGACUGUGGUAUGGUGAUAAUUUUGGCAUCACUUCUGUAGGAUAGGAUUGCAUGACCCCUGAAGAAUAGAAACAUAAAUCAUGAGAGUUUGUUUUUUAGAAUUGCCUUCAAAAAUCCAACAACAAAGUGGUUUAAAAUAUUCCCCUGAAAAAAAAAUCGAUAAUUCCAGCCUUUUUGCUUGAGAGAAACAUUGCAAUAUUUCAGAUGUUUAUUCAAAUAAAUGUCCUUUUGUGUUUCUGAAAUUCCUCCUGUUAACUCAUAGAAGUUAAUUUCAUGUGUAAUAUAUUAAUUUGACAAAAAAUUUAAAAAAUAUAUCAUAAAUGGAAAGCUUUAAAAUUUUUGCAGUGAAAAAUCCUGUUAAAAUAUCUUUUAGAUUUGUUUUUUUCCCCCUACUUUUCUGUAAUCAUUGGAAAAAAACAUGCACUUCUUCUUCCUCCAAUGUUUAGUUUGAUUGGUACUUGAUUUGUUUUGUUUCUGCAGUGUCAUUUAUCAAUCCAGCUAAAAUUGAGUUUGUUAAGUGAUCUUGUCUGGCAUGAAGCAAAACAAGCCCAAACCAUGAUGCCACCACUUUUACACAUGUGAUGUUUUUUAACCCUUGUGCUACCCUAGGCACUGUCACGUUGGGUGUUGGGUCAUCUAGACCCACUAGACAAUGUGUUGAACCU